AGUUAAAGACGAUGUGAGCUAAUCACCUCUACCUUAACCUUGUGGUUGGAAAUAAUGAAUAUUGAAUAAGAGUGUGAAUUGAUGCAAACCGUCAAAAUCCCUUUUCGUCCUUUAUUCUCGACUCCUUAUCUUUGCUCUGCUCUGCUCGAGAGGCAAGCAACAACCACAACUGCUCCGGCAACCAUUAACAACCAUGCUCAACUAGCUAGCUCUGAUAACAAUUUCGAAAUCCGAAUCCACAACGAAGAAGAGUACCCAAUACACAUCUCAAAGAAACCCUCCAUGCAAAACGACGAGAUCAUGGAACUGUUAUGGCAAAACGGCCAGGUCGUGAUGCAGAGCCAAAACCAACGGCCACCGUUAAGGAAACCACCGCAACCGUUUCCGACGAGGGGGAUUCGAGCGGAAAACUACAGCAACCAACACCUGUUCAUGGAAGAACACGAAACGGCUUCAUGGCUUCACGGUUCAAUAGACGAAGAUCCUGUUUUCGACCACCGAGAUUUCUGCGCCGACAUCCUCUGCCAGCUGACGGGUGCUAACGGCGGUCAGAAUCACAGCGGUGUCGUGCAAGCCUCGGCCCGUGCGCCGCCGGAGCGAGCGGUGAAUAGGAUUCAGAACUUCACGUACUUCUCGAAGCACAGCGAUGUGAAAGGUGAGCCACGGUCGGCGGCGACGAGGGAAUUGACUGUGCUUGAUUCGUGCGAGACUCCAAUCGUGACGGCGGCUGCAGCUUCCAGGCUAUCAGAGACCGUCAGGAGCUCGCCGGAAUCCGGCCGCGGGAGCAUGAGCGCUGCCGGAAUAGCUGGGCCUUCGACGGCAACGUUCGACAUGACUGUGACUUCAUCGCCUGGCGGUUCUAGCGGGAGUGCUGAACCGGAUCAGAAGGAACCGGUGGUGGACCGGAAGAGGAAGAGCCGGGAACUGGAGGAAUCGGAGUUUCAAAGCGAGGAUGUUGAUUUUGAAUCUCUGGAAGCUAAAAAACAAGGCCGUGGUGCGAAGAAAUCUCGUGCCGCGGAGAUCCAUAAUCUAUCAGAGAGGAAGCGUCGAGAUAGAAUCAAUGAAAAGAUGAGAGCUUUACAAGAAUUGAUACCUCGGUGCAACAAGUCUGACAAAGCUUCAAUGCUGGAUGAAGCAAUUGAAUACUUGAAGUCACUGCAGUUACAAGUGCAGAUGAUGUCCAUGGGAUGUGGAAUGGUGCCUAUGAUGUUUCCUGGAGUGCAACAGUAUAUGCCACCAAUGGGAAUGGGAAUGGGGAUGGGAAUGGGAAUGGGCAUGGAAAUGGGAAUGGGAAUGAACAGGCCAAUAAUGCCAUUUCCAAACAUGUUAACCGCCAAUUCAGCUAUGCCAGCAACAGCAGCAGCAGCUGCUCAUUUGGGACCAAGGUUCCCUGUGCCUCCUUUCCAAAAUAUCCCCCAUGUUCCUGCUGCACCUGAUUCGUCCGGAAUGCAGCAACCACCAAAUCAGUCUGAUCAUGUGCUUAACUCAUUUGCUACACUGCCUCCAGAUCAAUCACGCUUCCCAAACUUCACAGAUCCUUUUCAACAAUACCUUGGUUCCCAUCAGGUACAGAUACAGUUAAUGCAGGCAAUGAAUCAACUGAAUGUCAAUAAGCCAAGUACCAGUAGGGGCCAAGAGAAUCCAGAAAAGCAUCAAUCAGAAGAAACAUGAUCUGUUGAAAUCUACAAACAACCGCUGACAAAUUAGAUGGUGUUGUUUGCCAUUUUAUCACUGGUUCCAGACUCACACGAUAGUGGCUUCCAAGUCAUUUUAGUAUUCUUGCUCUAAAGAAGGACGACUACCAUUAACAACUUACUUGCAUACACUGCAAGUUAUAUUUUCCAGCAGUUUUAUCCUUGCUGCCAUGGUGGUGUAAUGUAUGAGAACUAACUUUUUUGCGGAGUUCUCAAUAGCAAGCUAAUCUAUACACGACUAACAUGUAAAUUAUUGUUACCCUUAUAGUAUUUUUGUCCCCUUUCUGUA